AUGCAGUUCCAUCGCAUGAUCGUUUGGAUCGUUUUCGCGAUCGAGCUGGGCUCGGUUCUCUCCGAUGAGGUUUUGUCUUGGAAAGAAGAGCAGGAUGAAGUGUACGUGUGUCACGGGUCUUCCGUGAUUUUGCGCUGGUCGCUUUCCCACGGUUCCGUCGACGCAUGCAUUUGGAACACGACUAUCCUCUCAGAACAAACGGUGCCCAUGAAACUGUGGUGGGAGGAUGGAGGGCUGUGCGUGGUUGGAUCCAUCCGCCACGAAGUCGAGCCCCUGCACUUCCACAAGUCCGGGAAAAACCUGCACGAUCUGCACGGUCCCGGGGGCUCCAACACGCCUUCGUGCAGUUCCGCAUCGACUCCCUGCCGUUCACACGUGGCGAGAUCGCUUUCACGCGAUCGGAAGCGUCCUUCUCGUGGAACUUACACGACGCGAGUCGCUUCCCGCCGAAACGAUGAGGGGAGUCUCGGGGUGGUAGCGACGGAGCGUGCUCCCGUCUGCUUCGCGUCUCGCCGAGCUCUGUUGACGGUGGACCCAGAUCGAAUCCUCCACCUACCUUGGUCGAGCCCUACACGUAUCCUGGUAUACCGGGAUACAGUUAUUUUACGUGCCCGAUCGAGGAAGAAGAGAAAGCGGUUGAAAGGCAGUCGUCCGUCCAACGAGGUGGCUAGUCGGUCGGUGGACGCCCUGGAGGAUGCAGGCGCUGCUUUCGUCGUUCGCCAAGGCGCCAAGGAGAGAUGGAUCACGUCUGGAUCAGUUAUUCUCCACUCCCGCCGUCUGCAUCGGUGUCCAUCGGACUUGUGA